CAGAAGUGAAUAUCAAUCAGAGAGGACUCAACGAGAGAAAAAGAGAAGUUGGACGGAGACACAAAACAUCAACAUAUCUUUGCAAACUCUCUUUCUGGACAAGGUAUCGAGCCAAAGUCUCUUCAUCUGGAAUGGGUACUUAUAUUUUUAGGCCUUUAAAGGGCAUACAUUAGACUUGGGCUUGGAAUACCGUCGUCACCGGAGAGCAAAAUCCACCCGUUACAAACAUUUUGUUCGUUUGGUGUUCGGCGUUCGGUGAUCCUGCGUUUGCCGCCCGGAAGGAGUUUUUAUUUGCCCUCCGUUGGAUUUGCAGUGAGAGAAAUGAGUGACAGGAGACGAUCCGCCGCCGCGCUGAGUUCACGAGCGCACGCCUUUUCGGUAGAAGCCCUGAUCGGGACGAACAAGAAGCGGAAGCUCCGGGGCUGGGAAGAAAAGGAACUGGAGAUGUCUAUGGAGAGCCUCGCGACCAACGUACAAUUGGAAGUCGGCGAAGACCCUGCUAGUUGUCUGGAUAUCGAUCCGGAUUCGGAAGCCAGUCCGGGCUCUGACGGCGAGGGCCUGGCGGAGAGUACGUCCUGCUCGUUCGGCUCCCCGGCGGACUUGACCUCUGCCGCCUGCGACCCUUCGCCCUCAGCCUCUAUGGAGGAGAUCCAGGUGGAACUGCAAUGCGCAGACCUAUGGAAACGCUUCCACGACAUUGGGACAGAAAUGAUCAUCACAAAGGCAGGAAGGAGAAUGUUCCCUGCUAUGAGAGUUAAAAUCGUGGGACUGGAUCCACAUCAGCAGUAUUACAUCGCCAUGGACAUUGUACCGGUGGACAACAAGAGAUACAGGUAUGUGUAUCACAGCUCAAAGUGGAUGGUGGCGGGAAAUGCAGACUCCCCAGUGCCCCCCAGAGUCUAUAUCCACCCAGAUUCUCUGGCUUCUGGAGACACCUGGAUGAGACAGGUGGUCAGCUUUGACAAACUCAAACUCACAAACAAUGAGCUGGAUGAUCAAGGCCAUAUUAUCCUGCACUCCAUGCACAAAUAUCAGCCCCGUGUCCAUGUGAUCCGGAAAGACUUCAGCAGCGAGCUCUCUCCAACCAAAUCAGUCCCCAAUGGGGAGGGCGUGAAGACGUUCAGCUUCCCAGAGACUGUCUUCACCACGGUCACCGCCUAUCAGAACCAACAGAUUACCCGUCUGAAGAUCGACCGCAACCCAUUUGCCAAAGGAUUCCGGGACUCAGGGAGAAACAGGACUGGGCUGGAGGCAAUAAUGGAGACGUAUGCUUUCUGGAGACCCCCAGUAAGGACGCUGACCUUUGAGGACUUCACGAACAUGCAAAAACAGCAAGGAGGGAGCACUGGCACCUCUCCCACUACCUCCAGCACUGGCACUCCAUCUCCGUCUGGUGCGACACACCUUCUCUCCCCCUCCUGUUCCCCUCCUACUUUCCAUCUGUCCCCCAACACCUUUAAUGUGGGCUGUAGGGAGAGCCAGCUGUGUAACCUGGGCUUGUCCGAGUACCCCGCUUGUUCCAGAAGCAACAUGGCUCUGCAGGGCUAUGGAGGACUGGCGGACGGCACCUACGGCCGUCUCCAGACAGCAGGAGGCGCAGUACCCUCUGCUCAGGCCUCAGAUACAUUCUUGCCCCAGAGGACUUCCUCUCUUAUCGCUGUUGGGAUGCAUGGCGGGGCCCACGCCUCAUUGGCUCCCGGGAACAGCAGUGGCGGCAGCAGUGGGGGUAAGAUGGAUGCAUAUGGAAGUCAGCUGGCCUCUUUUCCAGCAUCCCAGCUGCAGUAUGUAAUGCAGGCAGGGACGAGCUCUGCUUCCGCAUCAACGGCUUCAUCAGGCUCCUCCCCUUCCUCCACCCACAUGUUCCCUGGGAGCCAUCAUCACAUGCAGCAGAGCACAUAUAAUGCAUUUUCCCUUCACAAUCCCUACAACCUGUAUGGAUACAACUUCCCAGCUUCACCUCGCCUGGCAGCCAGCCCGGAGAAGCCUCAGGGUGGCUUACUGUGCUCCUCCUCCUCUGCCGGAGCAUUUGCUGAACGACAAUACCUGUCCAACAACAGCAUGGACAGUAUGCACAUGAUCGGCAACCCCACUGGCAGCCAACAGGGUGGCAGCAGCUGUGAUGGGCGCCAGUACGGCUCCUCUUCUCAGAUGUCCAUGCACAUGGUUUGAAACAAUUGAAAAAAAGAAUUAAAAAAAUAAACCCAAAACAGAUUGAAACACCAAACAGCUGCUACAGUUGUUUUGCUCAGCUUUACAGGGUUUUCAGGGUUUUCAUGAUUCAGAAUGUCUGAAACAUUGGUGUAAGCAAAAAGCAUUUCACCAUUGUUCUACUGCCUGGGAGAGCAGCCGUUUCAAUGUGGUGCUAGUAUAAAAAGGAUUUAUUGUCUCAUUACGCACUUACCUUAUCACUCAUUAGACUGAAAGAGAGUGAAAAUGUGACUUGUGUACAUCUCUAUGGGUAUACAGACCUUUCCAACUUGACUGUUGUUUUUGCUGACCUGCCAACCUCAACAAUGUGGAAAACUGAACUGAAUCAAAUGAGGCUCAGUUUUUCAGAAGACAUUCUUAGUGGAUGCUGAUGGGGAUUCGUAUUUGCUGCAAUAAUAACUGCAAUAACACAACCCCACAAUGGACUGAGUGAAACCUUACCUGUCCCAAAUGGCUUCAGUCUGAACAAAAGACAUCCACAAAACUGUGAGCAAAUAAAUGUUGUCAGUGUGAUUAUUCUGAGAAAUGGUAAAGUUAACAUUGGCAUAUUUCAGAGACGGGAUACACGCAUUAGUGGUCUCAGGAUGGAAAAAAAAGAAGAAUGCUCCCAUAAUAACACGAAUUGAGUGUUUCUGAAAAUCUGCUCUACUGGAAUGACACUGAAAUGUUGCCUAUUGGUUGAAAAUGGCUUAAUAUCCUUAGUGAAUUACUACAUAAACAUAAGCAAUAGUGAAUGCACGCAAAACACAUACAUUUUUAAAUUGUUGUGUGGAUAAAAACAAUAGGAAGACAAGUUAAUUAAGGUUUAUGAUUUGGAGUGUUGUAGAUAAAUAUAUUUAAAUGCUAAGCAAUGAUACAAUUAUAUGGCCAGUUUAUGGAGAAUUUAAAACAGUGUUGGAAAGAUUGAACAAAUAUUAUUUUAGGAUUUUAAGACUGAAAAUACAGUUGCCAAACAUACAAAGUUCAUUAAAUAAACAUUAUAAGUCCUUUGUAUGUUUCUUGAAAAAAAUCAAGCAUGUUUUUUGUUGAUUGCUUUUUUGACUCGUGGUCAUAACAACAAAUUCAGAUCAACACAAGUGAAUAUUUAUUUUUAAAUGAAUUAAUAUUUUGCUAGUCACUAUGCAAUGUCUUAUUCAGAGAGAAUGUUCUAAAUAGGUUCCAAAUAAAUUUCUCAUAAACAGAAAACUGUUACUAGUCACUUUCACAACAUACAGUAAAAUAAUAUAAAAAUGGUUUGAUUACAUUUACAUUUAUGCAUUUGGCAGACGCUUUUAUCCAAAGCGACUUACAGUGCACUUAUUACAGGGACAAUUCUCCCGGAGCAACCUGGAGUUAAGUGCCUUGCUCAAGGACACAAUGGUGGUGGCUGUGGGGAUCGAACCAGCAACCUUCUGAUUAACGUUUAUGUGCUUUAACAGUUAUGUGAUUAAUCAUUCAAGCCAUUGACAACAUAUCUAUCCCUGCAAUGAACACAUUUGUCAUCUGUUAUAACUAAGGGUUUAACAAAGAGAAAAUGAUUAUCUGCAAAUCAAUAUGUUAAAAAAAAGGAUUGAUUAUGCUGUUUCUCUUUGAUAUUAAGAAGAAAGAGAACACCAUGUGGAUCAAAUUCAUCCUUAGCACUGUGGUGAUACAUAUAAAUAUGCCACCUGUUUAAAGAGAGUGAGAGAAGGCAAGGGAGAAAGAGGGGAAGAGAAGAAUAUGUUUGACAUUGCAUGUGGGUAAUUUUUACAUCUCUGGUUUUAAUAUGUCUGCUCUUAAAACAUUUACAGCAUGUAUUUAAGAUCACUUCUCUCAUGUCUCGGUUUUGGUCCUCAUCAUCCAUGCACAGACUUCAGUGAUUUAAAAGCACAAUCAGCAUCCAUUACAUGGAUCAGAAUCAUCAUCAGAAAGUAAACGGGGUGGAAGACCAUGGAGACAUCUCUCUAUAUUGGAAACACCUGUUUUCCAAGUGCAGCUCUCAUAAUGACUGGAUAUGCAGUCUAAGGGUUCACGAUUUCAUAAUUUGGCACAUCUCCAAUUAUCUCAACAUAAUUUCCAAUAAAUUGCAUUCAUUUUAUGAUACUCUGAAACAGGACUUUGGCAAAAUUUCAAAUCAGCCAUCUUCUGUGAUAAAUCAACCACAGGUUCUCAUACUCAGAAUGGUCAAGUAAA